GAGGAGAGAGGAAUUCAGUCCUGUUUUAAUGGGAAUCUAAAGCGCAGAGAGGAAAAGGAAACCAAGAGAUAGAGCAGACACGCACAAAAAAAGUGGAGACAGAUUUAUUAUACCCACGGGAACAACAGGGAAACGAGUAGAAGAAAGGAAAAGAGCAGAGAGGGAAAAGGACAUUGGAUUUUAUCCUCUAAAUGUGUCUUCUUUCACUCUCAUGACUCAAAGAGGAUUCCAGUUAAAUUCACCAGGUCCGGAGGAAUUUAUGGUGUCUUUUCGGGGAAGCAGAGCCGAGGGGAGGAAUCUGAAUGCGCUCGGCUGAACCAUGCCAGCCCUGUGGAUCAUAACUUUGGCGAUCACUUUGAACCAAGUGCGGUGCAUUCGCUUCUCUCAGGAGCCAGCGGACCAGUCGGUGGUGCUGGGAGAACGGGUGGUGUUGUCCUGCGUGGUCUUCAACUACAGCGGCAUCGUCCAGUGGACCAAGGACGGCCUGGCCCUCGGCAUCGGAGAGGGUCUCCGAGCCUGGCCCAGGUACCGUGUGCUGCGCGCUCUGGACAUUGGCCAGUACAACCUGGAGAUCUCCAACUCUGAGCUGUCCGAUGACUCCCUGUACGAGUGUCAGGCCACGGAGGCCGCCCUGCGCUCCAGGAGGGCCAAACUCAAUGUGCUCAUCCCCCCCGAGGACCCGGUGGUUGAGGGAACCCCGGAGCUCCUGCUGAUGGCCGGGACUCCGUUCAACCUGACCUGCGUGACCCGCGGCGCCAAGCCUGCAGCACACAUCCAAUGGACCAAGGAUGGAGUCGCCGUGGAGGGGGCCUACCAGUCCACGGAAGUUUUACCAGACAGGAAGAGGGUGACGACCAGAAGCUACCUGCCCAUCACACCAAUCGACACGGACAGCAGCCGCAACUUCACCUGUGUGGCGAGCAACCCGGCGGUGCCGAUGGGAAAACGAGCUACUGUUACCCUCAACGUGCACCACCCUCCCACGGUGACCCUGUCCAUCGAGCCUCGCUCCGUCCUGGUGGGGGAGAGAGUCAUCUUCACCUGCCAGGCCACAGGCAACCCUCCCAUCAUCGGCUUCAGGUGGGCAAAAGGUGGCGUGCUGCUGGAGGGAGCGAGGGAAAGUGUGUUUAUCACCACGGCAGAUCACUCCUUCUUCACCGAGCCGGUGUCCUGUCAAGUGUUCAACGUGGUGGGAAGCACCAACGUCAGCAUCCUGGUGGAUGUGCACUUUGGCCCCAUACUGGUCGUGGAGCCCAGGCCCGUUACAGUAGACGUGGACUCUGACGUCACUCUACACUGCAAGUGGUCCGGAAACCCCCCCCUCACCCUCACCUGGACCAAGAAGGGCUCGAGCAUGGUGCUCAGCAACAACAACCAGCUGUAUUUGAAGUCAGUGAGUCAAGCCGAUGCAGGACAGUAUGUCUGCAAGGCCAUCGUGCCGCGGAUCGGAGUGGGAGAGACGGAGGUUACGCUCACUGUCAACGGGCCCCCAAUCAUCUCCAGUGAUCCAGUCCAGUACUCCGUCAGAGGGGAGAGAGGAGAGAUCAAGUGUUACAUCGCCAGCACCCCCCCACCUGAUAAGAUUGUUUGGGCGUGGAAGGAGAACGUGUGGGAGAAGGAGAAGGGUACCCUGAUGGAGAGGUACACUGUGGAGCAGAGUAAACCUCCAUCGCAGGGCGGGGCCGUCCUCUCCACCCUCACCAUCAACAACGUCAUGGAGUCUGACUUCCACUCGCCGUACAACUGCACCGCCUGGAACUCCUUCGGACCCGGGACCAUGAUCAUCACCCUGGAGGAAACUGAUAUUGUUCCAGUGGGAAUUAUCGCCGUCGGAACGGUGGGCUCCUCCAUUCUGCUGCUUAUGUUUCUACUGGCACUCGCCUUCUUCCUCUACCGCCAACGCAAAGGCAGUCGCCGCGGUGUCACCCUCGGUAAACCAGAUAUCAAGGUAGAGACGGUCAACAAAGAGACCCACAGCCUGGAGGAGGAGGCGGCCGACGUCUCCACAGCAACCCGGAUGGUCAAGGCCAUGUACUCCCCGUUCAAAGACGACAUGGACCUGAAGCAGGACAUCAGGAGCGAGAGCGACACCAGGGAGGAGUACGAGCUCAAGGAUCCAACCAAUGGCUACUACAACGUCCGCGCCACCACCCAUGACGAGGCGCGCCCCCAGUCCCGUGCUAUCCACUACCAGGGCGAGUUCCGCUCCCCGAACCCAAACAUCGGACCGGCGGGCGCCACUUCCAGCGGAUCCCCUGCCGGCCCCAGCGGUGCUGUUCCCCCCAGCGGUGUGCCAGGCUCAAGGUCAGGCUGUUACGACCCCCGCCCACCUUCCAGGAUGUCCCAUGCAACCUACGCCCAGUUCAACACCUUCACCCGGGUGGCGCAGAGCCAGCAGGCACCUCCCAAUCCAACACUACAAUCGCCUGGAGAUUACCCCGGGGACUGCGGCCUGCUGGACAACACAACCCAGCUGUCUUAUGACAACUACGGAUACCCCUCCCAGUAUCCCAGCUACCGCAUGGGCUUUGCUCCGCCCAUAGAGGAAGGGCCAUCCUAUGAGAUGUAUCAAACAGGACAAGGGACAGGGCUAGGGCUGGGGCCAGGGCCGGGGCCGGGACCAGGGCAAGGGUUAGGACCUGGGCCAGGGCUAGGGCCGGGGCCAGGGCAAGGACCGGGACCUGGGCCAGGGCCAGGGCCGGGGCCGGUACUGGGGCCGGGACAACAAAGUCCUGAAACAGGGCUGGGGCAGUAUGGAACCUCCACUCGUUUCUCGUAUUCCUCUCCGCCCUCUGACUAUUCCCAAAGACACACGCAGCGGAUGCAGACUCAUGUUUGAGAAACACACGUACUCAUUCUUUGACUUCUUUUUGCAGCUGCAGUACUUAUUACACAGAAAACAAAAACAUACAUAAAUAUAAAAAAAAAUACACACAAACCUUCAAGAACUCAUUUUCUGCUUCCAAAGCAUCCAAUGCAUGGAAUUUGGUUCAUUUUCUGAACCGAUAAAACCCCACAACAACGCACCGCAGUUUAGCAGCUUCACCUGUGUCACAGUUAGCAGCAAUACAUACAACACACGCAAAGCGACAUGUCACACACAUCUGUGCAGACCUUCUGUUGCGUGCAGUGUUUAUGCUCCAACAAAAGCAACAGCGAGAGACACAAUCAAGAGAAAAGAGACACAAAAAGAAUGAAAGACACUUUGAAGACAGGAAGAAGAAGAGCGCAGGGAGCUGAAAGGGGAGAAGAGGAACCAUUUUCCAUUUUCUUCCUGCAAUCCUCAUCUUGCUCUUGGAUCAUCUCCCUGCAUCACACUUGCCUCACAUCCCAUCUCUGUAAAUAGGUGCAAAUGGAGAUUUGGGUCAUUUUAAAGUUGUUUCCUUGUACAAACCUACACAGUGUGAUGCAGUACAGUGACCUACAGCCAAUCUCCCUGUAAUACACACUUUCUGACUCUCGCAUAUUGCAAAAAACACACACACACACACACACACACACACACACACACACACACACACAGAUCUUUAAAGACUUAUUUGUUUCGAUGUAUUGCAGCAACGGGGCAGCUUGGACUCUAAACAUAUUUGGCACUUUGUGAUCCCUCUUCGUCUCUAAAACCUGCCCAGUGGGCCAUUGCUUACAAGAUCUACCUUGAUUUAAGUGGGACAGAGCUUCUUAAAGUGGUACAGUUAGUGACCAGAGUGCCAAUGCGUACGCGUCAACACACACAAACUGUCAAGGUGUGUCUUCUUUUGUAAACAGUGGACAAUGAGGUUGUCUGGACAAAGAGGUUUUCUACGCCCCACAUCUGCGAGGAAAGGAAAGAAGUGGUAGCAAGCGUGUCUGUAUGCUCAUUCUCUUCCUAGUCUGUCAUUUUUAAUCACCAUGAUACAUUUCUAUAGCUAACAUUUCACUCGAGGUCAUUGCUGUAUACAGUAUUUGUGAAACGAGGUGUGGCGGAAGCGCUUUUUCAUUCAAUGAAUUUCUGCAAUUUGUACAGAAAAGAUACCUCCCCUACCCUCCAGUGUCAAAAAGUAUUUGUUUCUCUCACUUGCACAGUAGAAUAGAUUUUCUUUCCCAUAUUUAUACCGAAACGUAUGAAGAAAAAAAAAGAGUCAUUCAGAAACGUUUUAUAGUAUUUUUAUAAGGAGUUGUGGACCAAAGGUUCAGCGUUUUGGGUGAAACUCACUUUUUAAUGUGUGCGAGGCGACGUGAGCGUUAUUGGAAACGUUUUGAGUUUCUUUAAAAAGCGAUGGACGGUGUUUUUAAAGCGGUCGUUGUUAAAUUAGAAAAUCUCACUCCAAAAUGAGAAAUAUCCAGCAAAGUGCAAAUCCAUUCGGUGGACAUCUCCGUUUGCUGUGAAACUCUUUUCUUUGACUUCCAGUCUUCUGACUGGACUGCCUUUUUCCAAACGUCGACGACAUUCAAAACACUGGAUGGAGAACAAGCAGCUGCUCACUUUGAGCUGAGCUGUGAACUUUAUAAGCAAUGAGAAGGUUGUGUAGUCUAACAUAUCAAGAUGAAGAGGGUUCUAUCUAGCUCUUAUGGUACUUUGUACAUUUAUAUGUAAGUAUUCUGGUUUGUUCACUGCAAAAGAAAAUCUUUCAUGUCUGAGAUUUUUCCAUUAUAUUGUGUCAGCUUUGGUACGUGUGCUUGGCCUUUAACCCCGCAGGCUCAUAAUGAUCAGCGUAUAAAAUGAUGCUACUAACCUCUAACCUCUACUAAUGCAGCUACAAUGAACUCUCACGGCCAAAUUAUGUCACAGCAAGAGGGAACAUCACAUCUGUUUGUCUCUCUGGGAUCUUGCAACGUCUGCAGCAGAAGCUUUUCUCCCUAAAUUCAAGUUAACACUAUGAUCAGCUUACAAAAGAGCAGUGUGGCUUGUCCCCGGGUACUGAUAUUAAUAUCUCCAUGAGCUAUUAGAAGUAAGAAGUUAUAAAAAGUUGUGUUACAACCUUUGACCCAGCGUCGGUUUGAAGACAUUUACUUGACAGCUGUAGAGAACUGAAAGCUUUGAAUGGCUGUAUUUCUCCAUAUGGAAGAAAAGUUUAAAAAUGACGUCUUUAGGGAAACUAACAUCCGAUUGGCUGUUGAUAAGCAGGGAGCACGAGAAAUUAGAGUUUGGCCAAUUAAUGUGAGAAAUAAUUAGACUUAUUUAUCACGUUGCAGGCCGUCAGAUCAGUGCAAAACAGUGAAGUUCCUACUGCUUUUAAAACCGCGUCAUGUUUGCACAUGGAGUUUUGUUAGUGAGAUUGAAUCGCACAACGGUGACAAUCAUGUGUUGAUUAGACUCCACAGCGUCUCAUUGAACACUUCCACGCUAAAGUUACAUGUGUAUUCUUAAAAGGGACAUUAAAUAAACGCACGGCUCUUUCCAAACUUGUUUCGGCGAUCACCGGGAAUUGCUUUGACAUUUUUCUCGAUGUGUUACCGUUUCUUAAGGGACUGUAUGCAAUGAAGAGUCACACUCUUGUAUCUCUAACAUACAUUUUUGAGCAGUAACAAAUGACAGCAGAUGAGACGGUGCUUUACGAAAGACCAGAGGCUGCAAACAUCUCAGCAUCUCUGGAGGUAAUCAUGGAGUCUUUAUACUUAUCAGCCACCCCAUCUACCCUUCACAGAGACAUUAUAUUAUGGUAAUUCUUUGCUAAGGGGCAGUAAAAGUUGUAUUUAUCGCCCCUAUUUUGAAUAAACACUUUCAGAAAGGAUCCGCAGCCACGACCAUUUCUGAUUAGAAUAUCAGAUGGGACCUUGUAGCUCCAAGGUCACAAUAUAAAGCAUUUCAGUGUAGUUACAGAGAGAAGAAUGGCAGAUGGAGCACCCUUUUAAAUUUAUAUGGUUAUCACAGCCUUGGUACUGCAUACUAUUACUUCUUUACAACCUUUUUACAGAGUUGUAGCUGCGCAGUAGUUUGCGUCCGACUUGAAAUGACGUUAUGACCUUGUGUAGAGUGAGUAAAUUUGACCCAGAGGACAUACUGAGGCCAACAAAUACACCGCCAGCCUAUCCAGGUACUUACUCAUUACCGCUUAACUAUUUACAGCCUGUUGACGUUGGGGACGUAUAAAUAUGUAAAAGACAACAUCGAUGCCAAAAAUGCAAAACAGAGGUUUAGAUUUGGUUCGGCGAUGACAGAAGAAAAGCAGUUAAUAAGGGAAUGUGGACGUGUUUACUGCACCAAGGUGUUAUUUCAUGUCUCUUCCCCCUCGUCUCCAUAUGUGAUAAUGAAAAACAAAAACACACAGCGAACCUUUCUCUCAUAGCUUUCUUCCAAAUGUUCUUCAAACUGAUAACAUACGGAGGAGGUAUAGCGAUGUUGUGUAUGUAGGAGGGUCGGGAGUCUGUUGUAGAGAAUAUAUAGCUUCACGAGCUCAUGACAUCAUCCUCAUUUCUUUCUAUGAUAAUCAGUAUUUUAAAUCUUAUUUUCUUGCUAUUAAUUUGUGGUGUUACCUCACCAGUUGAAGAAAUGACUGUGGUCAAAAGUGUGUGUUCAAACUUUUAUAUGCAGUAUUUUUUUUGUAUGCAUCAGAUAUCGGGGGGGGGGG